AUGAGAGAUAUACUAGUGUUUACCAUCUUGGAGACAAUUAAAAAUGGAGGCCUUUUUACAUUAAGACUCACUUCUCAGGUGCAACACCAGAGUGAGAUUUUAUAUACAGCUGCUUUUGAGGACCAUGGUGAUGCUAAUAACUUUUGUUGUCUACUCGAAUCAUUUUUUGAGGAUCUAGGCGAUUUUAGUGCUGAUAUUGUUCCUCUGUCCGUGAAAGAACUUUAUGAUGAAGUUAAAUCAGGUAUGAAGAACAUUGUUGUUGUGAAGAAGAGGCAGCUUAAGCUUCAUGCCGGACAGCCGUUAGCUGACGUUGAGAAAGCUUUAUUAUCGCUGAUUGAACAAUGUAGCACAACCAUUUGCUGAUUUCUUCUAUGAGACCUGCAAAGACAGUUGCUGUUAGAGCAAACACCAUCAUUAGCUAUGACGUAGGGGCAUGUGAGCUUCUGAGCCUGAUGUUAGCUCCGCACGGGGGCGUGUCCGGGGCUGAUGCACUUACCAUCAUGACAUUUUGAAGCCCUCUCUCUCUAUAAAGGCAACAACGGUCAAGGAG